GAUGGCCGAUCCUUGGCAGGAAUGCAUGGAUUUCGCGGUGACCCUGGCGAGACAAGCAGGAGAGGUAGUUCGUGAAGCUCUACAUUUUCCUUCAUCCAGAGCAAGACCCAGCCUCCCUCUAGGCGAUACAUGUAGCUGCCGCGUGUCCUUAGCCGCCUUUGAUCGGGAGUACGGGGAACGCAGGACUGUGGUGGGCGAUGUGCCUGCUCAUGCACUUGUUCAGUGCUGUGUUAGUUUCCUGUUGCUGCAGAGCACAUCACCCUACAACUUAGCAGCUCUAGACAACAGUUUCAUUGGCGAGGAAUCCGUGGCAGCCGGGGAGCAAAGUGUCCUGACCGACAACCCUACGUGGAUCAUCGACCCCAUCGAUGGGACAACUAACUUUGUACACAGGUUAGCCGUCGGACGUGAGUCAGGACAGCAGAUGGAGUUCGGGGUUGUGUACAGCUGUGUGGAGGACAAGAUGUACACGGGCAGGCGCGGGCAGGGCGCCUUCUGCAACGGGCUCAGGCUGCAGGUCUCCCGGCAGGAAGGUAGGUGCGCCGCGCGCGUGGCGCGUGGUCUUCAGGGCUCACGUCGUGCCGUUUUCCAGCAUUCCACACAGACGUGGAAUAACCUCUUCUAUCUUACCAGAUUCUCCCUGCGGCAGCCAGUAAUGAGGAAAGUGAGAGACGUGUCCCUGCCAGGUCGCUGCGGAACCUCCCAGAGUGAUGUCCUGAGGGAGUGCAGGACAGUUCGGAAGCCCGCAUCCCGAGUGCCAGUCAGUCGGGUGCCCGGACUUGAAUGGAUCCGAGGCGUUGGAACGGCAGCUGUUAACAUGUGUCUUGUGGCCAGUGGGGCGGCAGACGCGUAUUACGAGAUGGGCAUCCACUGCUGGGACAUGGCAGGGGCUGGCAUCAUUGUCACUGAAGCUGGUGGCGUGCUGAUGGACGUGACAGGUGGACCAUUUGAUUUGAUGUCGCGAAGAGUAAUUGCUGCAGGCAGUAAAACCUUAGCGGAAAGGAUAGCCAAAGAAAUUCAGGUGGCGCCUUUCCAAAGAGACGAUGCGGACUGAUCCCAGCCGCCUCAUUCGCGGGCAGCGGCGUCCCCUCCCCAGGUUGGCUGACGCGCUGAGGGCGCCACAAAAUUCAGGUCCUCUGUUUCACUUGUGUAGUAGGGUUGGUUUAAAUUGUCUUCGAUGUCCAGAUUAAAAAAUUGCUACUUGUUCCAUAUUUUACUAAGACUAGUAUGCAAGAAUAGAUGAAGUCUUUGUUUCAAUGUUUCAAAAAAUUCUGUGUGUAAGAAUGGACUUUGGGGGAGAAUACGCAGGCAGUGGAUGAGGUAGAUAUCACCGCAACUGAAGGAAUCGAUUAGCAAGUUAGAGUUUCUAAGUCUGUAUGAGCCUCUGAAAUUUUGACGUGUUAUUUGUGCACAUAAGCGUUCUUCAUUAGAAAGUUGCCAUUUUGGAAAAAAUGUCUCUUUAGAUUCAAAAGCCAUAUUUAAUGGGAUUUGUAAGAAGCAUAAGGAACACUGCCGAAACCAAGGCUUCUUUCUUUGCAGACAACCUUGUGCAUCAGCGUACGUGUCGCACCCGGACAAAUAGUCGGCAAUCCAAAAACAAGCGUUGAAAGAAUGAGUGUUUCGAAGGCAGCAGUUCCUAGUUAUAACAAA